CAAAGGGUGUGGCUUAUCAAAUCACAAAAACGAAAAGUACACAAACUGAAAGCUUGAACAUUGGAACAAAGCGCUUUUCCUUUUAGCGUCUUCUUAUUGAGAAAAUAUUCGUCUUAAAAUGAGGGUUAUUUGUGUGACUCUCCUGAUUCUCUCCAGCAUUGUGGAAUCUCAGUCAGGGGUUAUUUGUGUGACUCUCCUGAUUCUCUCCAGCUUUGUGGAAUCUCAAUCAGAGCGAUUCCAGGUGGUUGGUCCAGAAGCUGCUCUUGUUGCUGUAGCUGGUGAAGAUCUGGUUCUGCCCUGUUUUCUCAAACCCAGCACCAGCGCUGUGGACAUGACAGUGGAAUGGAUGAGACUAGAGGAAAGAGCUUCAUUAGUGCAUCUCUAUAAGGAUCAUAAAGACAGAAAUGAAGAUCAGGCUCAGCCCUACAGAGGAAGAACAUCACUAUUUAAAGAGGAGCUACAGAAAGGCAACGCUUCACUCAAACUCUCAGCUCUCCGAGUCUCUGAUGAAGGAAGAUAUAAGUGUCUCAUUCAGGACAAAUCCUGGUAUGAUGACAUCACUGUUCACAUCGUUGUCGAGGAGCGAUUCCAGGUGGUUGGUCCAGCAGCUCCUCUUGUUGCUGUAGCUGGUGAAGAUCUGGUUCUGCCCUGUUUUCUCAAACCCAGCACCAGCGCUGUGGACAUGACAGUGGAAUGGUUGAGACUAGAGGAAAGAGCUUCAUUAGUGCAUCUCUAUAAGGAUCAUAAAGACAGAAAUGAAGAUCAGGCUCAGCCCUACAGAGGAAGAACAUCACUAUUUAAAGAGGAGCUACAGAAAGGCAACGCUUCACUCAAACUCUCACCUCUCCGAGUCUCUGAUGAAGGAAGAUAUAAGUGUCUCAUUCAGGACAAAUCCUGGUAUGAUGACAUCACUGUUCACAUCGUUGUCGAGGCUCAGGGAAGCCACCCAGUGAUCAGGAUGGAGAGUUAUGAUCACUCAGGAGGGAUUAAUCUAGUGUGUGAGUCCAGAGGCUGGAAACCUGAACCUGAGGUUGUGUGGCUGGACAGAGAAGGAGUCGCUCUGCCUGCUGAAGAUACACAGACACACAGAGACACUGAGGGCUUCAGUGUGAAAAGCCGCACCACUGUUUAUGAUUAUAGCGACUCCAACAGAUAUUAUUGCAGACUUCUACAAGAACAUCACAUGAUGGAGACAGAGGUCAUCAUUAAUCGUAAAGUCUUUGAUGCUUGGAGGUGGGUUGUCGGUGUUUCAGUUUCAGCAUGUCUUAUUGCUGUCGGAUCGAUAGUAACUGCAGUUAUCUGUUACAAGAAAGCCUCACAGCUUCAAAAGGAGAAGCAAAAUGCAGCCUCAGAGCUUCAAAAGGUGAAGGGAUUCGCAGAGCUGCAGAGACAGAGAGUGGAAGACGAGUUUAUAAAGAAAUCGUUGUGUGCAGUGGAUGUGACUCUGGAUCCUGAUACAGCUCAUCCCAGACUCAUCCUGUAUGCUGAUGGAAAACAAGUGAGAGAUGGAGGCAAGUGGCAGAAUCUCACUGAUAUACUACAGAUGUUUGAUCGGCAUCUCGGUGUUGUGGGAAAGCAGAGUUUCUCCUCAGGGAGAUUUUAUUAUGAGGUGCAGGUCAGAGGGAAAACUGUGUGGAGAUUAGGAGUUGUGAGAGAGAACAUUAACAGGAAGGGGAGGAUUACACUGAAACCUCAGAAUGGAUUCUGGACUGUGUGUGGGACUGUGGGACUGGAUGAUGAGAAUCAGUACUGGGCUAAUGCUGAUCCCCCUGUCCCCCUCACACUGAGAGAGAAGCUGGAGACGGUGGGGGUGUUUGUGGAUUAUGACGAGGGUCUGGUCUCCUUUUAUGAUGUGAAGUCCAGAUCUCAUAUCUACUCUUUCACUGCUCAGUCUUUCACUCAGAAACUCUAUCCAUACUUCGAUCCUUGGUUCAGUUAUUUAGGUAUAAACACAGCCCCACUGAUCAUCUCUCCAGUAUUUAAACCUAAAUGAAUUUUCACCUCACAGAUUUAAUCAUCUAUUAAAUGCUGAGAAUCAAAAGAAAUAUUUUACUUUUUCUGGUGAAUGUUAGAAAGACAUUUCCCCUUUUAAAGUGCUGUACAGUUUAUUUUAAUGCCUGGGGUUUGUUUUCUCAUCAAUAAAUCAUUUGAAUCCUACAGUCUGUUUUUUACACAUUAUGAUUGUGGAAGUUUGUCGUUGCGAAUCAAAUCUGAAUAAAGCUGAUUUACAGUUCACACUGAGAUUUACUGCAGAAUUGAAUCUGAUCAAUAAAAUGGAUGAAGUUCA